CAGCAUGAAUCAGGCGAAUGUCUCCGUUGACAACGACUGCGUCUGGUUUGGCGUCACGACGCUGAGAGCUGAAUUUUCUAGUCAGUGAACUCGCACACGAUAGACCGCGUGCUUGCCCGAAUUUUAAUUUUCUUUAUGGAUUUCCCUACAUUUAGGUUAAAAGUGUCCGAAAGGUCGUGAUUAUUGUGCAAAAGACAGGCGCCAAAUUCGGAAUAAUGUUCGAGGAAUGUUUCGGAGACGGUCCUUUCAUAUUCAGGCUGAACGAGAGCGGCACAGGACCACAACUCCUCACUCAGGUUUGUCUGGAGAGGGGCUGGCGCGAGUUUAACUCGGACAGCGGCGACCAGUGGAACCUCUGGUGGCGGACUUCCGGGUUUCCGGUCAGCCACCACCGGAAUCUCUACGCCUGGCAGUACAUAAACCAUAUACCCAAAGGCUCUGCCAUUUGCCGAAAAGACAAUUUAGUCCGUUAUUUGCGCUGCAUGCGAAAAGUUUACGGCUCGAUUUACGAUUUUAGCCCACAUGGGUACAACCUCCCCCUUGAAUACACGAAACUAGCGGCAGAAUGCAGCCGAGGCGGGCGUCCAUUCUCGAGCAAAAAUGACCCGCCCCAUGAUAAACUACUAGAAGAUAAACCAAUUUGGAUUUGCAAACCUGUUGCUCAAAGUCAAGGACGCGGCAUUUUCCUAUUCAGGAAACUGAGCGAACUUAGCUACGAUUCCAAUACGAUUGUGCAGAGAUACAUCGAAAAGCCGCUGCUGAUAGGGGGGUACAAGUUUGACUUGAGACUUUACGUCUGCAUCCCUUCUUACCACCCUGUGACCAUAUACAUGUACAGGGAGGGCUUGGCCCGCUUUGGCACCGAUAAGUUCAGUCUGAACGAUUUACGGAACCCUUUCCGCCAUCUCACCAACUCAUCAAUCAAUAAACUAGGGCCUGGAUAUACGGAAAUGAAGGACAGGAUCGGGUCAGGGUGCAAGUGGACGCUGAGACAGCUCCGGAGGUACUUCCAGCAAGCGGGAAUUUCCGACUGGCUAUUGUGGCAACGCAUUGCGUCUCUUGUUAUUUUAACAGUGCUAAGUCACGUGAACCAAAUUCCACCCACAGUGAAUUGUUUUGAAUUUUUCGGGUUCGACGUGCUAAUUGAUAGCUCGUUGCGGCCGUGGCUACUCGAGGUGAACCUGAGUCCGGCCCUUAGUAACGACUGUGACGCCGACAGAUCCGUGAAAAAGCCUAUGCUGCAUGAUAUGUUCGACCUGCUAGGUCUGCCCCUUUACAACACCGGCCUUUCCGUCUUUGACAUUUUCCUAGACGAACCCAAUGAAAAUAAUAACGAGGAAAAGCCGAAAAAUGUGGCGUUCAAGAGCACUUUAUCCGUGCUGAACGCGGCGGGAAGAUGGCGCCGGAAGCACCGGAAAAUGUCCGCCAAACAAAUCAGCUCCCGCUCCAGUUCGGCAGUCCGGGCCAAAGUCCGGACCGUUUCAGCAACCUCUCCGAAAAUUGUAAAUUUGCCAAAAGUUAACAUUCACUUGCCAAAAACCAAGCCAAAUUAUGAUCUAAACAAAAAUGACGAGGAGGAUUUGAGGAAAACUGGAAUUGCGAAGAAGUGGGGAAACGGUCGCGAUUGGAAUUUCGCCACGAGUAGUGAAGGCGGUUGGGUGCGAAUUUGGCCCAUGACCAUUGAACAGCCCAAUAAAAAUUGCUUCCUGACCGUAAAGCAAAUGGUUUCGAAAGUGAUCAAGUUUACGAAGUCGGCGAAAGAACUGGCGAAGAAUCAUCCGACGGCGUCCGAGUGUCAAUUGAACGAGUUCCUGCAGCAGGAGAUGGACAUGUCCGGGGAGAUUUGGAUACCACCGGUUUAAUUCAUUAUUAAAAAUUGCUGAUUUUUCCUCUUUGCUAAAUUUUCUCUUGUUGACUUUAUCACUGCCUCGAAAUUUGUCUUCAAUAAACUUGUCCGAAAAAA